UCCAUUUUCCCUCUUCUUUUUAUAUUUCUUCCCCACCUUUUCUCUUGGUUUCCCUCACCUUCGGCUCGUGGCCACCACCAUAUAUCUGACGCGCCGCCCAUCACUUAAUCUCACAUUGUCGCCAGCUCUGACUCUCUUCCUCUCUGCAGCUCAACAACACUUUGGGUAAGUAAUUGCCGAAAUUUUCGAUCUUUUUAAAGGCCAAAGGGAGGAAACCAGUAUGUGUUCAUGGACAGCAGUAGAGUCAGACGUGGUAGUGAAGAAUCGAUUAGUAGGCUUUUUACUAUUGCAAUUGAUUCUAAGUAGCUUGAUUUUCUUGGCAUUCACGUUAACGAUCGUCUCAUGGCGCUCCUUCACUGCAAUCUUCAUCUCCUUCUUCAGCUUUCAUCUCUCCCAGCUGCUCUUCUCUUUUUCCCUCUCCACAGUUUUAUCUCCUCAACCUAAAUUUAGACGUAUUUUGCCAGUGUUGCCGGCCGUGGCGGCUGUUUCGGGUUCUCUCUCGGCUCUGUCUCUUUGUGGUGUCUAUGGAAGAGUGGGGUUUAAGGGUUUUGCUUCGGGAUUACUCUAUGCUUCUUUUUAUCUUUAUAAGCGGCAAUGGGUGUUGCAGUUCCCCAUUGUUCAGCGUCCCCUGUUCUUUAGCUUCAAGAUGGGUAUCCCUUCGGCCAUUACUCGAGCAUUAAAGCUUUCUAAUGCAGCUUAUCUAUUUUCGGCUCUGCUAUUGGUAUUUUUGCCACACGAUUUUAGCACCGAACUCGAGGUCCGGAACUUUUUUGCUCGACAUAUAGUCUCUUACGGCUCCGGCUUUUCUGUGUAUCUUUGUUGGGAGUUAACUCACCAUUUGCAUCAGGUGUUACAUACAAAAAGGUUCAUGUUUGCACCACCAAUAGGAUCAACAGCAGCAGAAACAAAUCUGAGUGAACCGCUCCUAGCUGCAUUAGAAGAGACCUCUCCAGCUUCUCUUCUGAAAUAUCUUUCAUACCUUGAUCUAUGUUUGGUUUGUGAGAAUAAUGUUGACUACUGGCGUCGAGCUGCCUUCUUUGAAGAAACUGGCGAGACUUACAAAAGGGUUGUAGCUGUAUGCUUGACGCCUGUGGAGCAGCUUGCAUCAAAGUUGGUAAAAGGUCUUGAAGGUUCUCCGGAUGAUAAAACCUACUUGAUAUCUGACCAGUUGCAGUCAUCAGCCAACUGACAGAAUUCAAGAUGAUCCGAACUAAUGAACGACUUCCAGGUAUACACAUGGUCUGCUCGAGCAAUUGCUUCCUUGACUGCGCACUCACGUAAAGAAGACAGUUUUGGAACUCGUGAGUUGCUGUUGCAGAAAUUGCAUCUUUUCCUCGACUUCCAAGCGAGUUAAACUAAUAUAAAAAGAGAAAUCACAGAACAGA